AUGGAUCCGCAGGCUCUUACCAAGCAAAGGUCAACUAGGCCCCGUCGAGCCCCCACAGUGAAAAGGCCGCCUCCCCCAAUAUGCCGGCGAUAAGCUCGUAGAACUCCAAGAGAAGUUUGACCACCUAGAGCAGCUUGGUGUCUUCCAGCGCCCUGAAGAUUUUACCCUGGGUAUCAGAGGUUUUUCUCGCGUGCGGCGAAGCCGCGAGAGAAACCUCUGGCACGGAGCGGUGCUUUUUACCGUCCCCGUUGACCUUUGAGCUUUUUUAUCGGAUUAUAUUUACGCCAAUCAGAUUGAAAGUCUCCAACUGUGAUCAUGUGGGUGGGCACUUAAAGAAAUGUCCAAAGACCCACAUUAUCCUCAGCAAAACAAGUUCGAGUUUAAAAUUCAUUGCUUUAAGAGCAAUCAUGACUGGGUCACAUCGCAGUUCUCCAUAGUUGAUGUAGCUUCAGUUUAAUCUGAAGAUCCAUUCUUCGAAAUUUGGAUCUGAAAAUCACUAUCCGUGAGAAUUUAACAUCCUGCUAAAAACGCUAACGAGCUGGGCCCAGCGUGACAAAACAUUGCAGAAAACCGUCACUUUCACGGACAAAAAAAAGAUAGCUUAUAAUUAUUCAGAUCCAGGAGGCACUUUGGAGAAAUUAAACAACCUAAAAGCCUUAUUUAGCCGCAUUGAAGAGCUUAACAUUUCAAAGAGGUCAAAGAAAAUGCUCUUGCAUCAGAGGGCAAAUCAUAUGCCGACCAGACACAAUAACCACAGAAAAUCAAUAUGUGUGUCACGACCUCUCAGUAUGAAAUGAUCGGCAAAAAUCAAAUUUUUUCAGUCAAAACGCUUUUCUCCAGAGCAUAAUCUGCCCAUCACGGAAAAAAAUUCAUUGGAACAAGCAGCAUUUUGGCAUGAGGUAAGAGUCGUGAGUCGCCUUCUGACCCCCUUUUAUACUAAAAAUACAUGUUUUGUUUUUAUAUUCCUAAUCCAUGUUGUAAUCGUUUGAAAUAGGAAAUUAGUAAAGCUUAACCGUAUUGCUACAAAAGCUGAAUUGGUGAUUUAAUGUUAAUUGCGUUGAAUAAAAUUAAAUAUUCUUGUCAACUAAUUGUAGCGUCUGAUAGAUUCAAAGUCCCUCAGGCGGUCGUUAGGAGCCAAUCAGCCGUCGUAUCCAAAAUCUUGACGAACUGAUUUAACCGUGCUAACGAUUGGAUCGGCGCCAUCAAAGCAAUAGCGCUCUGCUCCAGAGGCUUUUCGCGCGGGUCACCAUAAAGACUUGACAGAAACCGGAAACCGCGCUAGAAAAGUCUCUGGCACCCAGGGUAUGAAGAUGUUGUAGAAUACCUGAACCCUUCUUUCCUUGUAAAGAAGCCGAACGGCGGUUCUCGUCUUGUCACUGCCUUCGCUGACUUAGGCCGGUACAGUAAACCCCAACCAUCCUUGCUGCCUGACGUUGACUCCACCCUGCGUCGCAUCGCCCAGUGGUCUCAUAUCAUCGUCACAGACCUGACAAGUGCCUUUUACCAAAUACCUCUGGCUAAAGAGUCCAUGAAGUAUUGCGGCGUUGCCAAUCCGUUUAAAGGGGUACGAGUCUACGUUCGUUCCGUUAUGGGUAUGCCCGGAUCGGAAACUUCCCUUAAAGAGGUUAUGUGCCGCGUCCUAGGCCCACUACUACAAGGCGGAUCCGAGGCCAAAAUCGCUGAUAAUCUGUACUGCGGCGGCAACACACCCCAAGAGCUACUCCACAACUGGAAGAGGGUCAAGACUAUCAUCAGUCCCAAGACUACCACUAUUCUCGGCUGGAUCUGGAAUGCUAGCUCCCUUUCCGCCAGUCCCACCGUCUUAACACCCUCGCCACGUAGCUCGAGCCGAACCCUGUCGCUCGCUUGA